GUCGCGGAGAGUCUGCCAACCACCCAGGGAACCUCUUGGAAUGAAUCUCCUCCCUUUUUCUUUAAUUCCCAAUUCUGUUUUCCUAUGCUCUGUCCGGCAGCCUUGAAAGAUCCUCUCUUUUUUUUUAAUCCACAAGACGGUGCUUUGUGUGUUGCUUCCACUCUUUUCAACGCAUUGCAUAGCAUUUGAUCCUUACCCCGUCUCCCUCAUUUUGACCAGGUCUGCGCCGGCGCAGCCCUAUCCAGUCAUUCUUCCCCAGUCUCCAAAAGAAAUACAUUCUCCGGGGUUGCCGUCAGUGUCUGCAAUGGACCGCAUCUCGAACAACCAUCCCUCCAUGGCAUACAGGCCAUUUUUGCCCGGUACAUUUGGUAACGCCAACUUCCCGCUUUCUCCGUCUCAGCCUACCAACCUCGGCCGACACGGAUACUAUGUCGACGAAGAGCUGAAACAAGAGCCAGCCAUAGUCAACAGUGUUCAGUUGCUCCUUGAGGCUGGCCUGGACCUUGACAAGAUCUUCAAGCUGCGGCACAACGAAUAUCGAAAUGCCUUGGACAUACUAGGCGGCGCUGAAGACGAGGAACUUUAUGCUACAUGUACAUUUGCCGGUUUAAUACAACCUCGACCUCCUCCCCAGCAUAUGAGAACGAGCCUGUCGCAACAACCAUAUGCAUUACCCCAAUCCCGAGUGCCCAGCCUCAUCUCAGAUCGUUCGAGUCUAAGAUUGUCUGGAAAUCUCGGAACCCCAGUCCGCGACAAUACCGCUUCUGGGUUUGUAUAUGCUAGCGAUAUGUCACCCAUGUCCCCACAGUGGCCCUUGCCCGACGACAUGUUCCAUGCACCUCCUGCGUGUGUCCAGGACACAACCAUGAAUUUUCCGGCAACCGGCCAGGAAUAUCCACAAGUCUACGCACCAGAUACGCAGUACGCGAACGACGCGAGUUCUUAUCAGCAGCUGCAGCAAGGCAAGCAUGGCGUCCUUCCCGCCAUACCAUCCGCACUUGGGUUGCCUUUCCUAACAAGUGCUGAGAGUCGGUCGAUCCCGCCGAGUGAGGGUGGACGAGGGUUUCCCUUUAUCGAUACCAUGAACCAGCCCUCCUUGAUGGCUGAGCAGGAUCCAACUCGGGACCGGAGGCAGAAGUCUAGGUUCCCCUGCCCGGUCCACGACUGUUCGAAAGAUUUCUCCAGCACCAAGGAAUUUGCGAAACACGUCAUCGCCGACCACGACAAGGAUUCCACUUUCAUCUGCAAGCAUCCAACCUGUUCAUUCCGGACGCAUCGCCCCGAGUCCUGGAAGAGGCACCACAGUAAGGACCACGGCGAGUGUCAGGUGAAUGAGGAGUGCAACCACGAGGACCGCCCGCGGGUGAAGAGACACUGGGCGUGCGGUCUGUGCAUCAACUUGGAAGUCUGCGUGCAAGGGUUUGCCAACCACUACAAGAGCCAUUUCGAGUGCGGCAACGUCCAGAAAAGCGACAUCCGCGUCUCCAACAUCAUUCGCAGCUUGCUGACGCAAGAUGCCACCCGAGCCAGAUGGGAGGAAUUGGACGUGGACCGCCCUCGUCAGGACGGCCUCUUCGUACUCUGCUGGGACGGGAAAGACGUGGCCGAAAUCCGCGAAGCACUCGAGUACGAGACGUUUAGAGCGUCCACUCUCGACAGUCCCGAUGUCGUCGACGCGCUUCUUCACGAGGUGCUGGUUUGCGGGACACGCCGUGCAUAAUGCCCUGGGUCUCGGCCGCAUCUCGAACCAUCCUACCGACGGCGACCUCGUAAAGGCGACAUUGUGCAGGCGUCCCGCCCUCAGACACACAGAGGCUUUAUCCCAAUCAACACCGGAGCAUCACCUCGCUCGGUGGUACCGCACGUCAAGCAGUGACUCUGGACCAUUACGACUCUCCGUGCGAAUUCCUGGAUUUGUCAACUAUCGAAUGUCUGCAUGCCCGCCUUCUUCCCACAUGGCACACCCGCUUCGAGGAGCCUCUCCACCCCACCUCUGUCUACCUCUCGAUAGACAUCAUUCGACUCGGUUUUGCCCCUUGUGUCGCUGGCAGUCUCCCUUUCUGUUACUCUUCUGUUUACCGUUCGCAAGAGUUUUACGGCCGAUUGAGCCAAGCUGGAUAUUGGACAGGACAAGACAAGACGCUGGCCGUUUGAUUGUUUGUUCAGGAAGCUAUGGAUCACGCUUGCUGUAUUUCUAUGUAUUUGUUCCCCCCACCCCCCCAUCAUCACGGCCAUCAACGACGAAGUCACGGAACUCCAUUAUUUCUAUUCUUGUAUCCUAUCCUAUGUAUUACUUUUACCCAUGCUUUUACUUAUUCCCCAUGCCUACAACACCCCGGGAUCUCCAAUACUCGAGACUUCUUUGCCCCCCACCAGAUGUCAUGUUUUGAAAAUGCCAGCGUCUGUAUGAAAUCUUUUCACCCUGUGUGUUAUUCAUGUAUGUAUGUACGUAUGUAUGGCCGCGGCGUUAUUGGUUAGAUAGGUAGUUGGUUUAGCUCUAUCUUUGUCCCUGCUAUUAAUACAAGCGGUCUGCCCGGC